AUGAUGUGUCUUCUCCUCCUGUUGUUCAACGUCUUCUUCGGUGCUGUUAUUGCUCAGCUAUACACACCUACUGCUAGCGAGGGGAAUGGCGACAUUACACAACCAGGGCGGUGUCCUGCAUACCUACCAUCCUUUCCUGGGUUUGAAUUUCCACAUCUGAUGAUACCAAUUUCAUCCACCGCCCCUGACACUGCCUUUCCCAAUACGGACUCCCCAUACAUCACAGCUGCAGACAUUUCAAUGAUCUUCAACUUUGACAUUCCCGCCUCUCGCAAGGGCCAGACCUGCAACAUGGAAUUCCUCUUGCCGAAUCAGACAGAAUUGAGCACAUCGUCGUUUCAGCUCGCCGGUAUCAAUGGGUCCUUCGUCUUCUCUCUGUCGGUGCUUGGUGGUGGAGCGGUGGCAGGCAACACCACCUACAGCAAUCAACCUCUUCAAGCAAACCCGCACGGUCUCCCAAGAACCUUACACAUCGAGCCAGGACACGCAUAUGCCAUUGGCAGCACCAUUUGCGUGCCGGGCAAAAUCAGCAUUACAAUGAGCAGCCCUGACAGCAGUUUGACGUGGUUUCAAGACUGGAAUCAGUGUGCCAUCGGGCUCUUCAUCACCUAUUCGCCAUAA